AUGGAGCUGGCCUUUGUUGCACCAAGACUGGUGUCUGCUCCAGUAGGCACCGUGCCAUCGUUGCCAUGGCGUAGGGUGACCAAAGCGGAUUCCCAGAUCGAGCUUGGCAGCGCCACGUUGGCCACUGCAGCCACAGCUUGUGCGUUGAGCGCCAAGGCGAACCGGCGCUGGCUGCGCAAGUCGAGACGCCACUCUGUGCGGGUACGGCGAUGCGCUGUGGAAGAGUUGAGGAAGAUGGUGCACUUGGGAGGCACACCAGCAGAGAAAGCGUUGGCCGUAAACCUGGAUGACAAGUUCUAUGGCAGUUUCGCAGAGAUUGGUGCUGGCCAAGAGGUGUCUCGCACGUUUCUGCAAGCUGGAGCAGCAGCUGGAACUGUGGCACGGUCCAUCUCCGCUUAUGACAUGAAGAUGUCCGAUGUCAAUUACGGCCAGGCCAAGCGCUACGUCACGCGGGAGCGCUUGGAACAGAUGCUGAACACCGAGUACGACCUUGUCGAAAAGACCUUGCGAAAGCAGAGAGGUGACGAUGCUUGCUUCUUCGCUUUUGCCACCACGGUUGCUGCCAAAGCCUACAAUUCAGAUCGUGAGUGUGAAGGCUGGGUGGGCUUGACAUACCAGUCAAAGCCGGGCGAAGAAAGGAGCACUGUGAUACUUCACAUCCGAAUGAGCCAGCCAACUGCGCAGUUGCAAGGGGAGGCCAUUGGAGUUUUGGGCACCAACUUGAUCUAUCUCUGCAAAGGACUGUCAGAUCCGUAUCUCAUCACAUCCUUCCUUUUGGAUGGGAUGGCGCUCAGUGACGAACCAGGCGGUGGUGGGCGCAUUGAGGUGGACUAUGUGGAUUUCAAGGGUCCGCCCUUCCAAUCCGUGGACCCGCGGCUUUUGGCUUUCCGCCUGAUCCAGCUGCGGAUCGCCAACGGGGUGAUUUUGCAACCUGAUAGCAAUGGAAACUACAAGAUGGCUGUCCCAAACAACUUUCUCUACAAAUGUCCGGUGAUUGUGGAGAGGUCUCGCUUCAAGCCGGUGACCUUCAUGCACACGGAAGUCCUGGAGGCCACGGAGCGGAAGCUGCGGUCCGAAGGCGGUGAGGAUAAACCGCCCUUGAGCGUGAUGAACCUCCAGAUCGAUGACCUCACGGUGCCGGUCUCGUGGCAGGAAACAAAGGUCAGAUUGGACCGGAUGAAGGAAAUCUAUGCGGCGGACACCUAUAGAGAUGGGAAACUCAGCAUGGAAGAGUUUACAGCUUUGGUUGAUGGAAGCCUCUCGCAGGAAGAGACCCGAAGCAUUUUCAAUGAGCUGUCUAUGGGCGGUGAUUCGAUUUCGGUGGACGCGCUCAUGAACAUCACGAAUGGGGACGACAGUGUCUUGGCCUCGGACUUCAUUGAUCGCAUGGAGCUGCUGCAGGAAUUGAAUUAUCCUAUUCUUCUCUCCAACAUCAAAAGGACAGGGACUUGCUACCUGCGACUGGUGUAG